GGGGUGCAUUGACCUAGCCUAGUACAAUGUACCAUUUCUUGUCAGAUGAUAUUAAAUACUCAUCGCAUGGGUGCACAAAUCUCUACUGAGCCAUGGUAGAAUCACUUUUCUCUGGGCCUCAGCGUCUUCCAGUCCGGUCGUCGUUGCGUGGAACAAAUUGAGCUGCAUGCAUGCCACCCCACCCGCCGUAACCAAUCAAUCAAGGCUGGCUAGGAUGGUGAACUGGGUGCAGGUGGCGAGGGAGCACUUCGUGGCCCGGCUGGCCACCAACGCCGGCCUCCGGCAGCACGCCGUGGCCGUGGACGACGACGCCGGCACCGUCCUCAGCUUCUGGCUGCCCGAGCACAAGAUCGCCACCACCACCGACCAGGGGGAGAAGCGGGCCGCCAGGCACGCCGUCGUCCUGGUGCACGGCUUCGCCGGCGACGGCAUGAUGACCUGGGGGUUCCAGGUGGGCGCGCUCGCCAGGUGCGGCUACGACGUGUACGUCCCCGACCUGGUCCACUUCGGCGGCUCGUCGUCGCCGUCGCCCGACCGCUCCGUGGCGUUCCAGGCGCGGUGCCUCGAAGCGGCGCUGCGGAAGCUGGGCGUGGUGGAGGGGUGCACCGUCGUCGGGUUCAGCUACGGCGGGUUCGUGGCGUUCCAGAUGGCCGAGGCGCACCCGGGCCUCGUCCGCUCCGUCGUCGUAUCUGGCGCUGACGUGGCCUACACGGGCGCCAUGAACGACGCACUGCUGGGCAGGUUUGGCGUCGGGACGCUCGCGGAGCUGUUGCUGCCGGACUCGGCCCGGCGGCUGAGGUCGCUCUUCUCCGACGCCAUGUACAAGAAGCUCUGGUUUCCCCAACGCAUACUCAACGACUUCCUCAAGGUCAUGUAUGAAAACCGACAGGAGAGAAAAGAGAUGCUGGAUAAACUCCUGAUGAUGGACAAACAAGCAUCUUCGACAUCAACCCCUUCUUUUCAGCAGAACAUACUUCUACUAUGGGGAGAUGAUGAUGAUUUCUUUCCCGUCGAGAAUGCCAAGAAGUUAAAAGAGAAGCUGGGGAAGAAGGCAAUGCUGCAAAGCAUAAGCAAGGCGGGGCAUCUAGCACAGCUAGAGAGACCUUGUGUCUAUAACCGCUGCCUUAAAGAAUUCUUGGCUCAUGUCAACGCCAUCUCUCCUCAAACUUAGCCAAUUGACGUUUCUAAAAAUCUUUGGAUGUCCUAAUGGUGCUAGCAUUUUCCAGUUGUUGUGAUAAAGCAUAUUGUAUGACACCUCGCAUGUUGGUGCAAGAAUGAACUAAUGAUAUAUAUAUUUCAGUGAGUUUGGUUGUAUGAGACAUUAUUUGGAUCAAUAAUAUGAGCACCGAAAUUGAAAAUA